UGACUUCUCCCCUGAUCCGUCUGGGCCUCAGCCCACCGGUACCCUUGCGGGCCUCCGCCUCCGGCAGUCCACUCCGACCUCCGCCGGUCCUAUCCCUGCCGUCCGUUCGGCAGACGGUGCCCUUGUCCUGUGGUGAAGACGGCCAUGGCCUCUGGGGAGGACGGGAAGGCGGCUGUCGUGCUCGCGCCGGAGGAUGGAGGCCGCCUCGCCUGGACGCGUGCUCGGCUGAGGGGUGACGCCCUUGUCAGCGGCGGAGAUGGCUAUGGCCGCAGCGGAGGACGAGGGGGAGGCACUGGUGACGACGAGGAAGGCGGGAGCACGGUUUCCCGGGCAGAUCCAUGGCAGCGGCGGCUUCUGGGCAGGAAGGGAGGUGAGGGAGAGAAGAAGGCAGAAAAUAGGAGCGGUGCCGCGACCGAGGCAGGAGCUCGUCGGAGCUGGGUGACGGCGGACGGGCGCAGGAGUGCGAGGGCGCUGGUCUCGCGCGCGAGGAGCGCCUCUCCUCGGGCGGAUCGGGAGGGAGCGAGGGAGGGAAACUCGAGAGCAAGCUCCCGCUUGGGCGGCUGCGCUGGUUGGUUCGGCGCACAAACGCCCACCUUGGCCGUCUCCGAUGGCUCAUCGCCGCCGCGGAUGUCAUGGACUCCGACCACGGGGAGCUCGCACGCCCUGCAGCGGCUGGAACUGGCUGAUGGUCGUCCCGCAUCCUCGACUUCAUCCUUUCCCGAGCCCUCCUCCAUCCAUGACCUCUGUAAUCUGCCAUAAAAGAUAGAUUGUAAACAAAGGUCUACUUUAGCAGUUGGGAUCAAGAUGGUACUCCAAUCUAUAAAUGAAACCAAACCAGGUGGACUUCAUGAUCAGCCAACAUGGCUGCACACUACCUAGCUAAGGAAGGUACUGUAAUAACUCUUGCUGCUUAGUUACCUCUGCUACUAGCUAGCCAAACUAUAACGGAUACAUGUAUAGGUAAUUAGCAUCUGCUGCUUCCCGUUAAAUAUCUCAAGAGAUUUGAACUUGCUUUUUCAUGCACAUUAUGUUUUCAUGUACAUGGAAAAGGAAUCAUCAAUUGUUAUUUCGGAGUUGAGAAAUCUUUUCUUGCUAUCAUGGCUGCAAGCUCAAUGUAAGCACCAAGCACUAGAUUGAAAUUUAUUUUCUUUUGUGAACAUGGAGCCUUGUGUUUAUGCGCUCAUAUAAGAUGUUCUUUGUCCGGUGCUUGGUUCUGCUAAAUUAGCAUCAUAGUGCUAUUACUUGCCAAGCCACCACUGGCUUUAAAAUUACAGUUUUAACUUAUGUUUUAGUAAUUUUACAAGCUUUAUAGUGGUGGCAGUAAAAGCUGAUUGUGAUUUGCUGACUGUCUGAAUCUUUACUUUUACAUACUUCAUUUGUAAUUUUAUUGUUUGACUAAUAGUACGUCUGUUGGAACAAGUGCAAAGGCAACAUCAUCUUCUAGCAGAAAUUUCCCCUGCAUUGACCGCUUCAGAGAUGCACUAGGUGGGUACAACAUCGACAGUUUUGAGAAGGCCAAGCCGUAUGUACCACUAUUAUGUUGUAUUAACGAAUCUAGCAUCGGUUUGGAUGAUAUAAGGAAAGUAAACAGAUAUGCUGAUGAGCUUAAUUAAUUCAAAAAAAAUUGUUCU